AUGGAUAAUGGUUUGAUAUUGGUUGAUGCCAACUCUAGCGAUGACAAGGACAAAGUUGAUGUUGAGUCUAAUGUUGGUUUAGCUCAUGAGCUAGUAGGAGGAUACAUCAUGGUGGAGGCAGACCCAACCAAAGUUGAAUCCAUGCUAUCUUGGCCUGUUCCACAAACUAUCAAAGGGUUGCGGGGAUUCCUGGGAUUAACAGGAUAUUACCGUAGAUUCGUGAAAGAUUAUGGGUCAAUAGCUCAGCCACUGACUAAACUACUUCAGAAAGACGCCUUCGGAUGGAAUGAACAAGCCCAACAAGCCUUUGAUAACAUAAAAAAAGCCAUGUCAUCCGUGCCUAUGCUGGCUGUUCCUGAUUUCAGUCUUCCUUUUGAAGUCCACACGGACGCAUCGGGUUAA